AUGCAAAAUAAAAACCGGGUUGGAGAACAACAGCGGAAGUUAAGAGUAGUAAACAACCGCUCGGUCGCUGCAGCCCAGUGCACAUGUUGUGGAGGUCGAGGGCAUGCAUUUUAUCAGUGUUUCAAGAAACAAACAGCGUUUUGUAGCAAUUGCUCUCGACCGGGACACAUGGCCAAGGCUUGUAGAUCAAAAAGGUUCAGCUCCCGAAAUGUUUUGAGAGAAUCAAGGAAAGUCUCCCGCCGGGUUAACUGGUGUGCGGAGCCCAGCACCUCCGACCUUGACGAAUCGGAUAUUAGUCAUAGCAACAUAGUAGAUAGAGUGAGUCAUAGGGAACGACAAGGUCGUAGAGAAGAGCUGGAUAAGUCGAGGCUUCAGGCUCAGGAAUCCGGAAGGAUUCAAGUUCCGGAGGUCGGACGAUCCGCAAAGAUGCGUCGAUCGGGAGACCAGUCGUUGUGCCAGAAGGUGAAGGUGGAGCCAGCAACUAUGUUAAAGAUAAACAUUCAUGGCACCGACGUAUCCUGUGAAUUAGACACUGGAGCCUCGGUAUCAAUUUUAGAUGUGGCGUCGUGGAGGAAGAUAGGUAAGCCUCCAAUGACGGAGGCAACCAUUGAGGCUACUGCUUAUAAUAACAGCCCGAUUUACUUUUGCGGUAAAUGCACGGUUUGGGUCCAGUUCAAUGGCAGACGAGCCAAGAUGGACCUACAUGUGCUCGAGGGAGCUACCCGCACGUUAUGCGGAAGAGAUAUGAUUAAAGCUUUAGAAAUAGAUUGUGGCCCAUACUAUCAGCGAGUACAUGGAAUGCAGGAGAAACCCCUGUCGAUGACGCAAGGUGGUGAGAAAUGGCUUAUAAUUGUGGAUGCCAAGUCCAAAUGGCCGGAGGUUAUCCGUAUGGGGCUUACGACAGCAGAAAAAACUAUAGAGAAACUACGUAUGAUUUUUGCCACCCACGGACUCCCUGAACAAGUCGUUUCCGAUAACGGGCCACCGUUUUCGUCAACGAUGUUCAAGGAAUUUUGUAAAGGAAGGAAUAUUGAAUUGAUUUUGACCUCGCCUUACCAUCCUAACUCAAAUGGCGAAGCGGAGCGGUUCGUGCAAACGUUCAAGAAAGGAUGGUAUAAGGGGUUGCGUGAUGGGAAGAAGGCAGAAAAUGUGUUAGUAGAAUUGCUUUUUGAGUAUCGAGUAACUCCGCAUCGGGCGACGGGGAAGUCGCCUGCGGAAUUGUUGAUGGGAAGAGAGUUACGAACAACAUUAGACAUCCGCAAAACGGAAAAUAAGGCAGCGGGGGACAGUGCCUAUAGAAGACGAAUGAUAGACGAUUACAAUAAGAGAGGGAGAAAAGAAAGAACUUUCUUGGUUGGUCAGCAAGUGUACCUGCGCAAUUACCAAAAAGGUGAUAAAUGGAUACCUGGAAUUGUGACAGGAGUGUUGAGUCGGUGUAUGUAUAAUGUUCAUGUCGGCACUGGUAGUCGGAAGGCGCAUGCAGAUCAAUUGAAAGAAAGACCGGUGCCAGAACAGGAGGUGAUGCGGGCGAUGAGAAGGAGCGAGCCAGGCCCGGAAGGAGAUCUUCCUCCUAGACGGUCAGCUCGAACGCCACAGGCAGCCGAGGCGAACGAAGUAAGUGAUUUAGCCUACGAUGGUACCGUACGCCCAUUCGCGCCAGGAAGCGGCCCCCAAGUUCGACGUGCACCGUAUCAGAGGAGGCCUAUCGAGGAGCGGCAAGUGGACCACAUCGUGGAUUCGGUGGCCGCCGCGGAAGACGAGGCCGUCGGCCGACUAUCAGACAAGAACUAA